CUUCCGCUACUCGCUCCUAUACUGAUGGCGUACUUGAGACCGCCGCCGACGACGACAAAGCUGGCUGCGUGCUGCUUCGGGCUGGGCGCGUUUCCUUUUGAUCGCCCGGUUCGUUCCCCGAUAGGAACGAAUAGGGUUGGCAAUAGCAGGCCCGCAGCAAAUUGCGAAAUGUGGCUCCCACUGACAGGCCCGCUGCGAUGGACCACGCUUGUCAUUCGCGCUCCCGGCCUGGCUUCUGGCGCAAGAUGCAAGACUGGGCGACGCCAACGCGACCACCACGCCGGCGGACCCAACGCCCACGGAUCACCGCUCACACUCCCAAGCUCUUGCAGACUGCACGCCGCGCCUGCGAAGGUCGCGGGGCAGCAGACUCAGAACCUCGCCGCGGGAGCCUUUCAGGGUCUCGACAGCGGGCGUGUAGGCAUAGCGGACAUGCCCUCGCCAGAGAGCACCACUAGCGGCCACACAGCUGAUGGCGACGUCGCUGCAGCCACCGCUCUGAUCGACGCCGCCCUGCGGAAAGGGCUUGACGACAUGUCCACCUCCUGUUGCGGCCGACCAGUCGCCAGAUCGCCCGCAGUCGAUACAGAUUGCUGUGCUCGCUAUUGGCAGUGCGCCGCCAGAAGGCCGCUGGCGACUCUCGGGCCUCAGUGGACAGACGACGCCCGGCGGCAGCCGCAUGUCAUACCGUAUGCGUCCGCAGUUGCGCACGCCUGA